AUGACUGAGGGAACUGGCAAGCGAAAGCUCCCCUUUUUCCGCUCCACCUCCACUCGCCCAAUUGCCCGCCGGCGCAAGUCCACCGUCCACACACAUCGUAUUAUUCGGGCCUUUUUAUACCUGGUCGCAUGGAUUUUCUUGGUCUUGGUGGUGAUUGGCAAUAUUUCCAAUAAGCCCGUUAUCCGCAGCACCUACUUCCUCUACCUCGACCUCUCCAACAUCAUUCCUGUCUCGGUGCCCAAUGCCGUCCUGAUCAACUCCAUCGCCCAGUCCAUUGGACUGCACGAUUUCUAUACCGUGGGACUAUGGAAUUUCUGUGAAGGAUAUUACGGGCAGGGAAUCACCCACUGCUCCAAGCCCGAGACUCUCUAUGCCUUCAACCCCGUUGACAUCAUCCUCAAUGAGCUGCUGUCUGGCGCAAGUAUCGCCCUGCCAUCCGACAUUCAAGAGCCGCUGGCCCUCGCGCGUACCGCAUCCCACUGGAUGUUCGGCCUCCUCCUUGCCGCCGCGGUUCUCAACUUCGUGAUGAUCUUCGUCGGCCCAUUGGCAGUCUCCUCGCGCCACCCCCAGACCGUCAAGUACUGGGCCGAUGCCUACAACCCAGUCAACGGCAACGGUGAACACGCGCCCGGCGGAAAGCCCCCACACCGCCGCCGCACCUUCAUAUGGCUGCGCGCCCUGCCCCUGCUGAUCCUGACCUUCUUCACUGCGCUGAUCACGAUUGUCGGCUCAGCUGUUGCGACAGUCAUGUUCGUCAUUUUCGCGAACGUCUUCUCCAACGCUGACCCAAGUAUCAACAUCAAAGCGCACGUCGGAACCCAGAUGCUAGUCUUCAUGUGGAUCGCGUCCGGCUUCAGUCUGCUAGCAUUCAUCCUCCAGAUCGGAUCUUGCUGCGCUGCCUGCUGCCGUGGCCGCAAGGCCCGCAAGCAGCUUAAGUCGCAGGGUGUGAACUGGCACGAGAAGGGAUCCAUGAAUAGUGGAUCCGACGCCACAGCCGCAGAGCACCGCGCCGUCUCUUCAGGCACUGAUGCCCCCUCCAACGGCCACCAAGCACCGGCACCGGCACCGCCAUACUACGCGAACGAGCAGGACGUCAGUCCCAUUGAGCCAAGCCCCGACCACGCAUUUUCGAACCAGCACACCAACGGAAACACUUUCACUUCUGAACCCCACGCCUACUCGACUGAGCCUCACGCGGUCUCGAAGUAA